AUGCCGUUAGAUAGCCUGUUUAUGUCGCCGAGCAGUGGACGGAAAACUAGCAAUUUUUUUCCGUCGGGAGAUGCGAACGGGUUCCAGGGAUCAACGAUGACAAUUGACGAUAGGAUAGAUGCUGAUUUAGAGAGAGGGUUUAAAGGGGGAAAUAAUGGUGAAUUUAGUGGUUUUGGGAUAGGAAAUACGGAUACAGGUUUACAGGGGCCCGCGGGAGGGCUCGGAGUGGGAUUUUUGGGCGAUUUGGGCGAUUUGAGCGACUUGGGAGAUGAAUUGGGAAAAGGGUUUGGUGGUGAAUUGGGUGGUGUUUUAGAUGGUGAAUUGGGCACCGGGUCGGGUGUCGGAGGGCAUAUGAGCUAUAUUAACAUUGGCGAGUUGAGUCUCGGGCUGACUGUGGGUGUUAAUGGGUCGUAUUCUAUCUGGAGCGACAAACCGAACAACGGACAAGUGUUUUCGCCGUUUGUGAGCCACGGAUGGUCGCCACAAGUAGAAGCGGUGGGUCCUAGCGAAAUGCCUAGCACUGAAUACUUACAAAAUCACCAAAUGAAGCCUGUGGAGGUUGUAUCUACAAGUCCACGCAAGAACCUUUACCUGACGAGGGUGAAUAACCCGCCAUUUGUAUCGCAGGCCAAAAAACCCGAGAAGAAGGUUAGGGCGGUCUCCAGUGACCAGCUUGUGGUCAAAUUACCUGCUGCCACCAGACAAACACGGCGGUAUCCCAAGUUCCGCGAUUAUUUCUUGCGGGAGAAUAACGACGUCAACAACGAGGACUACUGUUCGACGUUCUACAAGAGAAACAGUCUUGGGUACAUGUUCAUCAGGGAGCCAUCGAACACACUCAAGGUAAACAAUUCGGGUCCCAGGUCGUGGGUGCAGUUGAAAAUCAAGUUCCCCGAGGCCACCAGUGCCAAAAAACUAAAGGUGGACAUCAAACAAUUGCCAUUCUGGAAGCCAAUAAACGUCAAUCUCAAGGACCCGUCAAGAUCUAAAAGAAUUCUGAAGGACAAAAGGAAGUUUAAUGUCCUGAAGCGCUUCAACAAUCGCAGAGACGGCUCUUUACAAUUAUAG